AUGGAGAAUUACCACCUCAUCCAGCAAAUUGGUGAGGGUUCUUUUGGCCGUGUGUACAAAGCAAGAAGAAAAUUUACCGGCCGUCUUGUUGCCAUUAAAAUGAUUAAUAAAUUGGGACAAUCUAAAGAUGAUUUGACUUCAUUCAAGCGAGAAAUCAAUAUUUUGAAGAAAGUAAAUCAUCCACACAUCAUGCGCAUGCUUGAUAUGUUUGAAUCAGAUACUGAUUUCAACGUAGUUUCAGAGCUUGCGCGUGGAGAUUUGUUCCAAAUCAUCGACGAUAACCAAACAUUGCCGGAAGAUGUGUUAAAGACAGUUGCUGCACAGUUAACAUCCGCUUUAGCCUAUUUACAUAAAAAUAAAAUCAUUCAUCGCGAUAUGAAACCACAAAAUAUUCUUAUUACAAAUAAAGGCGCUCUUAAAUUAUGCGAUUUUGGCUUUGCACGUGCAUUAUCAAGUACAACAUUGUUUUUAAACUCCAUUAAAGGCACACCACUUUAUAUGGCACCAGAACUUGUCCAAGAACAAAGGUACGAUGAAAAGAUUGAUGUUUGGUCACUUGGUAUCAUUCUUUACGAGUUAUUUUACGGUCAACCUCCUUUCUUUACAAAUUCUAUUUAUAAAUUAAUUCAAAUGAUUGUUAAUGAUCCUAUCCAAUGGCCCGGUCCGAUUUCCGAGAACUUCAAAGGAUUUUUACUGAAGAUGCUUCAGAAGGAUCCUGCUCAAAGAGUUUCAUGUGAAGAAUUACUUCAACAUCCAUUCAUCGCAGACGUAAAAUUACAAGAUUUCGAUGAUCACGUUUACCAGUUCAAGUCGAAACAAUUCGAAGAAGCCAUUACAGAGUCACUUUCUCCGUCGGCUCCGAUUCCAUUCAAUCCACCAAAGUCGAAGCUUCCUGAUUUCCAGUCCAUCUUCGUUAACCCAUCGGUUAGAUCACCAGAAGAGCUUUUGGCAGCCGUUAAAUACCUCAGAGAUUUACAUGUUGGGGGAGAUUCUCCAUUGGCAGCUUCUUUCUCAUUCCACUUCAAAGAAUUCAUUUCGAAACCAAUUGUUCUUGAAGAAGCUCUUAUGUGUGCUACAGAACUUCUCGCUGCAGACAAAGAUAAAUUUAUUAAUCCGUUUUCAGUCGGUUUACAAGUAUUUGGUAUGAAUGAAAUGCCAAUAUGUGCUGUAAACUUCUUUACGAACCUACUUUCAGUGCCUUAUGCAGCUGCAGCAAUAAAUUAUUCAGAUCCUCCAAUUACAGACUUACAAUUGAACCAAGAACGUAGCGAAAAACUCAGAGAUCGUCUCCUCAGUUUCCUUUUCGCUCCAGAUGUUGACGCUGUUGAAAGAACUUACGUAUUUCUUGCAUAUCUUACUCAAGCAUCCGAAAUCCUCCUCAAUUCUCUUACAGGUGACUUCGCACCACAGUUUCUACCUAUUGCAACAAGCGCAGUUAUCCACCAUCCUUCAAUGGCGGUAAAAUCUGCUGCAUUUUGCAUUUUGACAAAAGUUAUUGACAAGAACAACGGUUUAAUUAAAUAUAUACAACCGAUUUCGCCAUUUGUUGACUCACUUUUCGAAAUAGUUAAUGGUGAAAUAGAUAAUGUAAGUUCUUUCUGCGUUUUCUCGAGCGCCAUCUCAUUCAUUGCCGUUUCCAUUAACUUACUUGCCCAAAUUUCGGACUUCCAGUCGAAAUUCUCCGUCAGACAAAGUUUAUCCAACAUGCAACAGUUCGUCGACGGCAUUUUCUGCGGAAAAGAAGGCAUAGAGAACAGACUAUACACGUUAAUGGAUAUAGGUUCGAAGAUGCCGGAGACAGAUACCGAGAUUUUAUCUUAUGUCUCAAUUUUAUCUUCUCCUUUCGCACAUAUCCCUAUGAAAGAGAAGUUAUUACAGCAAUGUAUCGUCGGAAUUACCUCUCUUUUGCCAAUCCAUCAACCAGCUUUGUUAUCAACCAUAUUUACUUUGCCAUUUUCAAUUGUUUGCCCAAUUUUACCAUCAUUACUUGGAUUAUUUACAUCACCAAGUAACGCUACUGUUAUUUCUGAAUACAUAACAAGCGUUUUGGCCGAACCAGAAAAUGUCAAAGAUUUAAUUACAGUUUUGACCGAAAACAAAUACCUUACAGUGGUCAGCGGCUUGAUAUCCGAGAUGGGCCCGCAAAUUCCACCGCAAGUUAUGUACGCUUGGACCCAAGUUUUAUUAUCUUUCCGAGAACCAACGGAAACCUUACUCAAUACUGCUCCCACCCUACUCCAAACAUUAUUUGCCUUGGAUUCCGCGGCCGAAACUUCGCUAAUGGUCGCAGCUCAUUUUUCAAGAUUAUCAGAUGCGUUCAUUCCCUCUCUUUUAGAGGCCGGCGUGAUGGUAUUAGCCGAGCGCGCACUCCAAUCCGAAGCAGUUCAGAUCAGAACCGCUGCUUUGAGUUUCAUUGGAAAUUUCACUCGGAGACAAGCCCUUGAAGAGGACGUAGUUAACGCUCUGACACCAUAUAUUGUCACGCAUUUACGCGAUGAGAACCAAUCCGCACAACGCCAAGCCGCAUUUGCACUUGGAAAUUUACUGACCAAAAACACUUCAGCCGUUGAAUUCGCCAUCAAAGACAUAUCCGCUCCCAUCGAAUUGCUUCAGUCCACUGACUCUAGGACUGUUGAAAACGCUGCCGGAGUUCUUGGAAACAUUGUCAGAAAGAAAGCUUCAGUUUUGGACCAAAUGAUACAAGCAGGAGCUCUUGAUUUGAUGGUUAAAGCUCUCUCUUACGGUGAUGAAACAGGAGGGAAAGUUUUGCUGCAAAUUGCUGUUUUUUGUCAGUUUAAACAAGCAAGAACUUAUUUGGUGAAGAAUGGAGCACAGAAAUCAAUUCAACCAUUCACGAAAGCAAAAGACCCAAGAGUGAAGAAAUACGCUCAGUCUAUUUUAGAUUCAUUCGAAGUGUAA